AUGGGCUCCUUUGUGUCAUGGAUCAAGACCAACAUGGGCGGCUCGAGUAGCGAUUCUUCCUCUGACUCCGACUCGUCGCCCCAGUCACUCUCAGGCAUGAUCAGCACUCUCGUGCCCGUCCUGGUGAUUUCUGGAGUUUACCUGCUCUUCUUCCUCAUAUUCCGCUCGUCUAGGAGGCGCUUCUACGCUCCGAGGUCUUAUCUCGGCGCUUUACACCAAAGCGAGCGCAGUCCUGAACUGCCCAAGGGCAUCUUUGCCUGGAUCGGCUCCUUCUGGAAGAUACCCGACGUCUAUGCUCUCCAGCACCAGAGCCUCGAUGCUUACCUGUUUCUGCGCUUCCUCCGUGUCUGCACCGUCAUCAUGUUUGUUAGCCUGCUCAUCACCUGGGUCGUCUUGUUCCCCGUCAACGCCACGGGACACAAUGGCAAGAGUCAGCUCGAGAUCCUGUCCUACAGCAACAUCAACAUCGACACGGAGAAGAACCGGUUCUACGCCCACGCCCUUGUCGCCUGGGCCGUCUACGGUUUCAUGAUGUACAUGAUCACCCGCGAGUGCAUCUUCUUCAUCAACAUCCGCCAGGCCUACCUCCUCUUGCCCCAGUACGCCAAGCGCAUCUCGUCGCGCACCGUGCUCUUCACCAACGUCCCCGACGACUACCUUGACGAGCGCCACGUCCGCCGCGUCUUUGGCGACAACCUGGUGCAGAAUGUCUGGAUCCCCGGUAUCACGAAGGACCUUGACAAGUUGGUUGAGGAGCGCGACAAGGUUGCCAUGAAGCUCGAGAACGGCGAGAUCAAGCUGCUCAAGACGGUCAACAAGGAGCGCACCAAGGCCUCGAAGAAGUCGGGUGCCCAGCCGGCCUCGUCCCACGAGGACGCCGAGCACGGUUCGCUGGCUUCGCGCUGGAUCCCCGCCAAGAAGUGGCCCACCCACCGCACCGGCUUCCUCGGCCUCAUCGGCCCCAAGGUCCAGACGAUUGACUGGUGCCGUCAGCAGCUGCAGAAGCUGGUCCCCGAGACGGAGCAGGCCCAGUCCGACUUCAUGGCUGGCAACUACAAGAAGCACACGUCCAUCUUUGUCGAGUUCUACACCCAAGCCGACGCCCAGGCUGCCUACCAGACCAUCACCCACCACCAGCCCCUGCACAUGGCUCCCAAGUACAUCGGUGUCAGGCCCGACGAGGUCAUCUGGAAGAACCUGUCCAUCCCCUGGUGGCAGCUCAUCGUCCGCCGCUACGCCGUCUACUUCCUGAUCGCCGUCCUCAUCAUCUUCUGGGCCAUCCCGGUCGGUAUCGUCGGUAUCAUCGCCCAGGUCAACACGCUCAAGAAGCUGCCGGGCCUCACCUGGAUCGACGACAUCCCCUCCGUCAUCCUCGGCGUCGUCUCCGGUCUUCUACCCUCGGUUGCGCUAUCCAUCCUCAUGAGCCUGGUGCCGGUCUUCAUGCGCAUGUUCGCCAGCCUGUCGGGCGAGGUGUCGCUGGCCCGUGUCGAGCUCUUCUGCCAGAACGCCUACUUCUUCUUCCAGCUGAUCCAGGUCUUCCUGGUGCGCACGAUCACCGACACGGCCUCGACGGCCAUUGUCCAGAUCGUCAACAACCCCUCGGCCGUCUUCAAUAUCCUGGCCACGGCCCUGCCCACGUCGUCCAACUUCUACAUCUCGUACUUUAUCGUCCAGGGUUUUACCAUUGCCACCGGCGUCCUGACCCAGGUUGUCGGCUGCGUCAUCUUUGAGCUCAUGUACAAGUACCUGACCAGCACGCCCCGUGGCAUGUACAACAAGUGGACGACGCUCAGCGCCAUCAUGUGGGGCAACGUCCUUCCGGUGUACACGACCAUUGCCGUCAUCAGCAUCACGUACGCCGUCAUCGCCCCUCUGAUGCUCUUCUGGUCCACCCUCGCCCUCGGCCUGUUCUACACGGCCUACCGCUACAACAUCCUGUUCGUCAGCGACACACAGGUCGACACGCGCGGUCUCUUCUACCCCCGCGCCCUCAAGCAGCUGUUCUCGGGCAUCUAUCUGUCGGAGGUGUGCAUGGUUGGCAUGUUCGCCAUCUCCAAGGCUCCCGGCCCGGCUGUGCUCAUGGGCAUCUUCCUCGUCUUCACCAUCCUGUUCCACCUGACGCUCAUGAGGUCGCUCGGUGACCACCUGCGCGGUCUGCCGGUGACGCUCCAGGUCGACGAGGCGGCGCGUCAGAACGGCGACGAGGUCAACGGCGACUCGAACGGAUACUCCAAGGAGGCGGCGGCCAGCGGCGACACCGGCGGCACUACCAAGACGGCCAAGAAGGGCAACUUCAUCACCAGGUUCCUUGCCCCCUGGAAGUACGCCGACUACCAGUCUCUGCGUGGCAUGAUGCCUGCCGACAACAGCGACAUGGUGAGGUACAGUCCCGAGACCGAGGUCAACGCGUACUACCCGCCGUCAGUCACCGCCGACGUUCCCACGCUGUGGAUCCCGUCGGACCCGGCUGGCGUGUCCAAGCAGGAGGUUGCCCUGAGCAGCAAGGUGAUUCCCAUCACGGACGAGGGCUGCACCAUGGACGAGAAGAACAAGCUCCACUGGGAUGCCGAGGGAGCUCGUCCUCCUAUCUGGGAGGAGAAGACAUACUACUGA